GACGUCAUUGACCUAAUUAGGCAAGGAGGAAGGAGCGGCCAUAUUGAUUUUGUGUGUACAGUCUUUGGCUAGAAAAUCGUCUUGACAAUAUCAAAAACAACGCUGUGUUUUCAGCAUGUAGGGCAUGAAAUACACCGGUUACAGCGUUUGAGAGCUAGAGAACAUCUCAAGCGACAUACACACCAUGGGGAAGGAGCGGGAAGACGCAGCACUGCCUCUUCUCCCCAUCUACCACCCUCCUGAGGAGGAGGAGGGGGGUGAGGACACUUCAUGGAACGGCAACUUCCAUUUUAAUCAUGAUGGACAACAGAUCCAGUUUGAGGAGACAUCAGAUGAUGGCACCAUCGUCAAGAUGCCCAAGACAAAACGGCGGACAUCCCUCCUUGUCUUCGACCUGAUCCUCCUCCUUCUGGACUAUCUCCAGUUCUUCGCCCUUCUCAUGGCCAUGUCUGAGCACUGGACCUGGCCUGAGACCUGGCUCCGCCAUCUCAGCUUCGUUUUCCUCUUCAAUCUUGACGUUUGGGAGUUUACCAAGUUCUCUACGGGCGUCUACGUCUCGGCUAAAAGCUAUUUCUUGCCAUCUGCUGUUGUUUUCGACGUGCACUUUCUUCUCCUAGCUUGGCUGAUGUUGUGCACAGUACUUGUGGUUUCCUAUACCAUCUUUUACGCUGUCCUGUUGUACAAGCAGAAUGCAAGCAUGCUUCUACGCAUCGCACAGCUACAACGGGUGUACCUGACCAUAGCACAGGUCAUCGCUCUGCCUUUGGGCACAACGUUGGCAAAGCUGUUCCAUUGCACGUACCUAGAUGCGGUGGAUGUGUAUAACGGUUACACGUGCUUCAGUGGCACCCACUGGGGUCUUGUAGCAGGUGCGGUUGCCAUGUCUCUUCUGUUUUUUGUCGGCAUUGCAGCUUGGAUGAUCAUUAAGAUACGACGUCAGAUGUUCAGCUCCCACAGUGAUCGCCAUGAAGGCUACCUGCAGCUGAAGGAAGCUCAGUUCAUCCGCAGUAUCGAUGUAGUGUGGGCGGUCGGGCAUUUCCACCUCUUCUCCUCCUACAAGCGUUUCUGGGUGUACUACCGCCCAGUCCUUUUCCUCUUCAAGUUUGCCAUAGUGUGUUUCUACGCCGGGUUGAUACGCCACCCCCUGGCGCAAAUCUGGUGCAUUCUGGUGUGCUGGCUGGUCUUUCUUGUAGUCGGGUGCAUCUGGCGCCCGUUCCGCGUCACCUCUUUCAACUUCAUGUUCAUCAUGAACUUCGUUUGUCUUCUCGCCAACUCCUUUGUGGGCUGUGCCCUCAACAUGCCCUCUCUAACCUCCGUAUGGCUCACCCCCGACUACUUAUUCUACGAGCUCCUUCUUAUAAACGGCGUGUGGUGCCUUGCCGUUGUCCUCUGGCUGCUGUUCCUGUUAAUGCGGCGAUGUGGCUGUUUGUGGAAGGGGUACCCUCUGUGGCCGUCUAUGACAGAACACGGCAUGGACAAGCUCAGCACCACGACGCGACACUACAUCAAGGCCAUCCUGGACGGCCGGCAACUCUUGGAGCGAUCUCUCUCCAUGCCGGCGCUGUUCUCCCCCGCUCACGAGCUCUCACGACAGAUCCAGAUCAUCAACGCGUACUGCAGAGAGGCGGAGUACCUGCGGGAUCCCUUCCAUGACACGCUGUGGGAUCUUCUGGACGAGCUAAUCGAAGCGCACACCCGGAUCGCCCCAAUAUCGCUGUUUGCCGAAUCGGUGAAGCCUUCGAUUCAGCAGACAGCGCAGGAGCUGAUGAAGGUUAUGCCGCAGUUCACGAAGAGGAUGGUGCAGCGGGACUACGACUUUAUUCUCAUGACGCCGCUCAAACGCCGCAUGUUGCUGAAGAUGUACUGCAUCGGUGUAUUUGUGAAUGGCCGUGCAGAGCGCGUGAACCAGGAGCGAGACGAGGCAGGGCUGUACAAGGUCUGGCACAGGUCACCGACCCCUGACCUUUCAGGGGAUGAUGGGUACUUUGAGGAGCCAUCUGAUGAUCCAGACAACACACACAAACAUGUGAUGUUCCGUGAGCCUCCCCCGACUGCCUCUGCUACGUGGAGUAACAGCAGUUCCCUGCUGCUGGAGCCUGACAUGUUCCCCACGCCUGAUGGGGAGGGAACCAGCCGUGCCAGCCGCCCCCCUCCCCGGGAGGACACCAACUCCCUGUCCUCCAGUACUCUCAACUCUGCAGCAGGCAGGGACAACGCUGCAUUCAUGCCAGAAAGUGGCAGUCUCCCAAGUUUAGCAGAUACAGAAGAGAAGCAAGAGACAGCAGGGCACAGCUCACCUGACCUGACAGCACCUGGGGAAGAUGAUCAAAUUGGUGGAACAGCCAACAACCAAGCAGAGAAAGGGGGUGAUGGAAAAAGUCCACAAAUCACUCCCAAACCUGACCACUUGGAGACAAUAGCAGAGGAUGAAGAAACUCAAUGAGAAAGAAGAAAAUGAGUUACUAGUACAUUUUUCUCACCUCAAGAAGAAAGGACAGAAAAUAAUCAUUUUACUGUUUUUUUUGUCCUUCUAUAAGUUCUAAUUUCUUCUCACUUUUGGAAGCAGCCACCUGACCAAAGGGCUACUUGCCUUUAUUUCAGUCAAGACUGAAGUAUGUGAUAUCUCUGGAGAACCAGAACUGAGAUGACAAUAUAUGUAAUGCAGUAAGGCAGUACAGUGCCAAUGUUGAAAUUUUUUUAUGAUCAAGAUUUGUGCAAGAAAAUGGCUACUUGUAUUUGGAACAAUUCUGUUUAGAGGAGGUAAAAAGAUGCCAUGAAAUACUUCAGAAUUGUGAGAAAGUGAUGUUGAAAAAGCAAGGACUGGAAUCACUUUAUAUUGCAAUUCUAAAAAAAGCAAUGUUUUAUCUGUUGAAGGGUAUAAAGGAUGAAGCAAUACCCAGAUGUGCUAAUAAUUAGGUAUUUCUGAAGAAAUCUGAGAUGCUAAAGGGGAGCUUGCACCUAGCAAGGUGUGUUUUCAUGAACUACU